UUUGAAUAAUAUUCUCUUUUGGUUAAAUUGUGGCUUAGAUCGCCAAAGUGAAGAGCAAACAUUGCCCCGAUUAUCAAUUCGAAGCAACAAUAUGAUUGAAAAUUAGAAAAAUUUUAUUUUGGCCCCAGUGACAAAAUGAGCUGUUGGCCAAUGCAAAACAGAGGGAACACAAAUGGGUUGGCUGAUGAAUUCAAAUGGAAUCAGAUGAAUACUUCAUACAACCGUUGCACCCCAUCUCGGAAUAAUACGUGGGAUAAAUGGUAUAAACAUAAUCUGAAAGUAACACAAGAAUUGUCCAUUUUGAUGGAGAAACCCAUUUCGGAGGUGGCGGAACUUCUCUACAACCUCACUCUGCAGAACUACAACAAUAUAUUGAAUCCGAUGAAGAGUGGAUGGAAUGCAAAGCGUGUACCUCUCUCCCGUAUGGAUGUCUGUGAUCGUUACUUGAAAGUUUUCGACUUGGCAGGAAAUCUAAGGGAUCGAAGACAUCCCCGAAGUCUUAUAUUGCUGUUGGAGUUCAUGCAGAGUAUCAUUGGUCCGAAAACUGAAAGUGAUUCUUCUACUUCUUCGCGUCUUAGCCCUACAGAUUCGACUUUUACAAUAGCUACAGCUCGCAAACUUCCCGUCGACGGAGCAGAUACUUUUGCCAAUAAGAAAUAUAAGGAGUUAUAUAAUAUGGAAGAUAAAGUAUAUUUUAUGUACAGCAAGCGAUUGGGACGUCUAAUCGAUCCGGAUAUUGAUAAGAUUGCAGUUGCGAUUGAAAAACGAAUUUCAGUUAACAAUGACCCGGUAAAGGGUCCGAGUGGAACAACAACUUCUCGCCAUUGUCAGCUUGGUAACAUGGAUGACAAUCGAUCAAUAAAUGUCAAAGAUGUUGUCCAGCGUCAAGGAGAUUAUGGUAAUGUCAAGGAUGUUGUCCAGCGUGAAAGGAAUUAUGGUAAUGACAUACAGAAAAUUCGAAAUCGAUCUGCAAGCUUAUCUGUCGGCGGACGGUCCUUGGCAAACGAUAGAUCCGACUUCAUGUUAAACGAUGAUAAGGGAAGACGUUUUGGUCACGGCAGCGUUCAGUUGAUGGAUUUGCGUUCCAAGCGUAACGAAAUCUUGCGUAUUUUGUUGGCAAAAGUUAAAAAGGCGGAUACCGAACGAUUUCUAAAAAGUUUGGGAUCCAUCGAUUUGCGUAAUCCGCGAGUUAAGCUUAAAAAAGUCAAGAGUCCAACAGAAGAGUUAGCCAAAUUCUAUUCGAAUGUAGUUACAGAUGUGCCUAGAACAAAGUCAACCAUAGAGAAAUUCAAAAAGAAUCAAAAAUAUAAGCCAGUUCGAAGACCUACUAUUAUUAAUGAGAGUGUGGAUCAACUAGUUCUUCCGAAAGAGCGUAGAUACUAUGGGGAAGCAAUGCCUGUACUAUAUCAUGCACCAUAUAAGGACAGUGAUAGGUCGACCUGGAUGCGUCGUUAUCCGGAUCAAUUGCGUAUGCAAGAGGACGGACAAUUGGGGCAAAGCAGCAAUUUUCCAUUCACAGUCUAAACAGUCAAAUAAUUAAGUUUGCCACUAAAGAGGAGCUCCACAAGAAGCCCGAAUACAAACGUAUAUUUCCCUCAGCCAGUAGGCGAUUUAAACAGUCAAAACAGUCAAAAGGUCA